AUGCACCCAUGUAGCGAAAGUAGCGUGGCAUUGUUCUUCGCAGAAUACUCGUGGCUGCGGCUGGGCCUGCUGAUGCUGGGUAAAGUGGGCACGUCGGUGAAUGGCGCAGUGCUGCGGGUCCAGCUGAGCGAGACGUACCCGACCGUGGUGCGCUCAGUCGCCAUGGGCUUUUGCUACACGCUCGGCAGGCUAGGCUCGGCUCUGGCACCUUUCUUCGACGACUUGGGUGAAGCGACGCAACCGUGGGUGCCAAACGUGGUGUCGGCAGGCCUCUGCAUAGCCGGCGCUGGUGCAUCCUGGCUGCUUCCGGAGAGCUUCCAGAAGACGCUGGAGGACGGGUUCUCCAAAGACGAUGCCGCAGUCAACGAAGCCGCUGCCACAGCAAGCUCCGACCCGAAGCAAGUCUAUGUUCUUGAAAUGACGCACUUUUAACCGGACCAGACGAGCAGAAGUCUUCCGCAACAGCGGGCAAAAGGAUGGAAGAUGGAAGUAUCGUCGCACCCAACGCAGAUGCAAGCAGUGGUGUUUCUCCACAUAACAUUGAAGAAUUUUACAAAUUGGGCACAGCCAGGCUACGAUGUUUAUAUAUAUAUAUAUAUAUAUAUAUAUAUAGACACUCACCUGACAGACAAUGAGACGACGCAAUAACAAGCCGUUUUUCAAGCUCUGGAACAUGUGUGAUAGGGAUCACAGAUCAUCGCACGAAUUACGCGAACACCUGAAUCCACUUUGCCACCACCGACUGUUAAACUGAUCGUUUUAUUCAAUGAAAGCGUAAACCGUUGGUAA